AUGUCAACCUCUACAUCUCCUAAACCCAAAAUCCUUCUUCUCGGUGAAAUAAUCCAUGCUCAAAAGGAAUGGCAGGGUCUCAGUGAUAUUGCCGAGCUCGUGACUGCCGAGUCCAAGAACCGUGAAGAAUUCAUCCACGAUCUCUCUACAAAAUACUCCGACGUUACUGCCAUCUAUCGCACACUUUUCUCGGUUGGAAUCACUGGCCGCUUUGACGAAGAUCUUGUACGACAUUUCCCCAAGUCCCUUAAGUUUGUCGGUCACUUUGGAGCCGGCUAUGACCAAAUUGAUGUCCACGCACUCUCCGCCCAAGGUAUCCAAAUCUCAAACACCCCUAACGCAGUCGUCCCUGGAACUGCAGACACAAAUAUCUUCUUGGUCAUUGGAGCCCUCCGUAACUUUUCGUACGGCCAGUACCAACUGCGCCAAAACAAAUGGUUAUCCUCAGUCGAGCUUGGCCAUGACCCUCAGGGCAAAGUGCUCGGUAUUCUCGGCAUGGGUGGCAUUGGCCAAGCUGUACGCGACCGUGCCGUGCCACUCGGGUUUGACAAGAUUAUUUACUACAACCGCCGCAGAUUGCCUGCGGAUCUCGAAAAAGAUAGCGAGUACAAGCCCACCAUUGACGAGUUGUUGGCUGAGGCAGAUGUUAUUUCCAUCAACGUCCCUCUUAACAAGGAAACAAAACAUCUCAUUAACAAGGAAACCAUUUCCAAAAUGAAGGACGGCGUUGUGAUUGUGAACACAGCUCGCGGACCCGUCAUCAAUGAGCAGGAUUUGGUUGACGGCCUCGAGUCAGGGAAAAUUGGUGCUGUGGGGCUCGACGUAUUUGAACACGAACCUGUGAUUAACCCAGGGCUACUCAACAACCCUAGAACAUUGUUGCUCCCACAUAUGGGCACACACUCUUAUGAGAGCCGAUUUGAUAUGGAAAACCUGGUGAUUGAGAACCUCCGAUCGGGGCUUACAACGGGGAAACUGAUUACUUUGGUUCCUGAGCAACAGGGUGCUUUUUAA